CUCAAUCUUGCACAAGUUUUCACUACUUUGCAUAUAUAUAUAUGAUAUGAAAGAGUCUAGCAACAGUCAUGGUAGCAGCAGCAGCAGUGGUGGUGGUGGUGCCAGUUCGAUAUACAGGGGAGUUCGUAAACGGAAAUGGGGGAAAUGGGUGUCGGAAAUACGCGAGCCUGGCAAGAAAACUCGAAUUUGGCUAGGAAGUUUUGAGACACCCGAAAUGGCUGCUACAGCAUAUGAUGCAGCCGCAUUGCACCUCAGGGGACAUGGUGCACGACUAAAUUUUCCUGAGUUGGCUGAUAGACUCCCGCAUCCAGCAAGCUCAAGUCCUGAUGACAUACGCUUAGCCGCUCAGCAGGCAGCUGCUUUGGGCCUCAGACAGCUGCUUUGGGCCUCAACUCCGGUCCCUUCUAGUCCUGCGCCGUUGGAUCACAAGCGCAAGCAUGAAGAUUUGGAGCCUGAAACACUGAUGGCCGACUCAAAUGUGAACGAGAACAAACCGGACUCCAUCAAGAGAGCUGAGGAGGAGGCUGUCGAAGGUGGUGGUUCCGAGGAGUCCGAAGCGCAACGGCCUUGUUUGGUGGAGAAUCUCAACGGCUCAGGUAUUGUUUUCAUUUCUCCGCGAGAUUUGGUCCAAUUGUGUGGCUAG